UUUAUAUGCCUUUAAUCUAGUGAACAAAACACAGGUGACACUUUAAGGUUGGAUUGAGGACUGAACGUCUAUUGACUGCAUGUAAUAUGGACAAAAUCCUUGUGCUGUUUCUGCUUUCAUUUCCAACAUCAUCUCUACAAGACACUCAUUCUUUGUGGGUGCUUGCAUCUUACAUUAAAGGACAAACAUCUUUUCCUCAGUUCAGUUACACAUGGAUGUUGGAUGAUGUCAGGCUUCUGUAUUACAAUGGUGACACAGACACCUUUUUUGGAAGAGGAAAUACAACAAAUGAAGAUUCACUGUAUGAUCCUGAUGAGAUCACAUGCAUAAGUGAUGGCAUUCAAAGCAGAUGGGCAGUAACAGAAUACUUAUAUAAACCAACAGGUGUUCGUUCUAUUCAAAGACUUGUUUUGUGUGAGCUGGACAAUGGUGAACCAGGACAUAUGUUUGUAUGGGAUGCUUUCCAAGGCUUCGCCAUAGUGGAGUUUCAUUGGUACAAUGGUUCUUUAAACUUUACAUCUCAGGUGUUGACGAUCAACCAUGAAAUCAAUACAAGCUUUUUCAAAAAUCUCUAUUAUCCACUUUGCAUAAAAAUUCUCAAGAGUUUCCUUGAAAUAAGAAUAAAUCAAGUAAACAGAAAAGUGAAGCCUACAGUACGAUUUGUCCAGAAACCUGGGGGGUCCCAAAUGAUUUGUCUGGCAACAGGAUUUUAUCCUCGUCACAUUAAUCUGACCCUGUUCAGAGACGGGCAGCCAGUAACUGAUGAUGUCACUGGAGGAGAUCUUCUGCCCAAUGAUGACGGGACUUACCAGAUGAGGAAGAUUCUGGAGAUCGAUGAGGAAGAACCGAGAGAUAAACACAAAUACACCUGCACUGCUACACAUGUCAGUCUGGACAACAAACUGGAUGUCGGUUUAGAGUAUGAUAACCGGACACCAUUAAAGAUAGUGGCCAUCUUAGUCCCAACGGUUUUGGGUUUGGUGCUGAUCUCUGUGAUUGUAGCUGCCAUAAUUCAAGCAAAAAAGCAACAUGCAGUAACUAUAGCUCCUGUAAUUCUAUGGACGAGGCAACUUGCAGCACCUGUGAAACAUGUGAACAGUGUGGACUCUGGUCACAGCAAUGAUUCAAUGAUUAAGGAGUAGUAAAUAAAAUGGCAAACAUAAUUCAAGAAAAGAAUGAAACGUGCAUAAACUUUGUUUCACUUUAAGCAGUUAAUUUUUGUCACAAGCAGUAAGUGCUUGUAUAUUCAAAUAAUUUCAUAUAUUUUCAGUUUUGUGACAUAAUUUUUUUAACUAAAAUGUUAAUAAAAUCUUUAUUCAGACCAUAUUUGACUAGCUUUAAUAUAGAGAUUUCUUGACAAUUUAGACAAAAUAUAAAAUGCUCUCUUAUUUGUAGUCUAAUGUAAUCUCUUCAUGUAAUGUAAAUAACUAUCAACUACCACCAAUGAGUGCUACAUGCACCAUUUAAGAAAGUGUUUUUAAAUGUAUUUCAUAUCACACUUUUACAGUAUAUAUACAUUUGAAUGUUUGUUCUUCCUUUCAAACUGUUCUUUUUACUGUAUGUAUGGGAUAUAUAGCCUGCACCAUUGUACACCACAAAAUAAAUAAAUCUCCCAGUGUAAU